GCGCUUCCUAGUAGAUCUCUCGGAUCAGCGCUACCCGCCGCUUCCACUGGACUGCCCUUCUUCCCCCCAGCAGCUGCUGUCUCUCCUCAUCUGCGCGCUCAAAUCCUGUCAGGUAACGACAUAACUUGGUUAAAAUAUUGCUAUGUGCGGAAACUAAUGAGAGAAGGAUUGUGGAUUGCGGAGACAUAUCUGUCAUUCUUAAAGAUAAUGAUCCAAGACUUACCAAAAGUUUAACCAUGGCAGAAUUCAAUGUUGCUUUCGGAGUGUUCAGAGACAUUAUCUGUGAAGAGUAUCCAGACAGGAGGAAGGAAUUAGACACCUAUUUAGCUAUUUAUCGGAUCUCGCUAUGUCUUACGGAGCCACACUAUUCUAUGAAUAUCACAAAUCUGUCUCAUCCAAAGCCGCUAUGUACAUACACUGCUUCAAUCAGAAACUGGACUGGUCCGUGGUCGAUCUAGCUCUCAUCAGCAGACAUUUUACAGGCCAUCGAGCAUUGUCAUGCUCCCUCUGUAGUUCGUUAUCCCACUCAGCUUCUCUCUGCCCCAAGACCGCGUCAUCCUACGAUAGCGCUCCGGCGACAGGACAGGUGAAGCCUGGAAGACAAACCCCUGUUUGUUUCAAUUUCAACGAGAAUGUUUGUACUCGUUAUAACUGUAAAUAUUUCCAUGCUUGCAGCUACUGUGGGAACAGCCACCCGAGGUUUUCUUGUCCACGACGCACAAAAUAUUUAAAACAGAAAUAAACACUCCAGUGAACACUAAAGAGCUAUCCAAAGCUCUGGGAAGGCAUCCAAAUCGCUGUUUCGUGUCUUACCUCAUUUUUGGGCUCAUGCACGGGUUUCUAGCCGGUCUUUCCAAUAUGCCAACCUUCUCAUUUAUCUGUAAAAAUCUCCAGUCAGCUAUCAAAGAUCCCCAGGCCGUAGACGAUCUCAUGGAUAAAGAAUUAGAGAAGGGGUACAUGAUCGGACCUUUUGAUCAACCUCCUUUCAAAUUGUUUCGCAUUAACCCUUUAGGAGUCGCAGUGAGGAAAUAUCCGGGCAAAAAACGAUUAAUUAUUGAUUUAUCCGCUCCCCACUCCACUGUAGGGGUUCCUAGCAUUAACAGUUUAAUUCCCUCUGAACCUUUUUCCCUGACUUAUUCUACAGUGGAUAACGCAAUUAAACUCAUUAAAUUAGCCGGCAGAGGAGCGUGGCUCAGCAAAGCAGAUAUCACCGACGCCUUCAAAAUCAUGCCCCUACAUCCCUCUCAGUGGCACCUUUUCGGGGUCAGGUGGCGAGAAAAAAUUUAUUUUUCAGUAAGACUGACCUUCGGGUGUGAAAGCAGUCCAAAGAUAUUUGAUACACUAUCGGAAGCACUUUGCUGUAUCCUGCUAAAUAAUUUCAAACUACCAUUUGUUCUUCACCUGCUGGAUGACUUCCUGCUGAUAGACUUUCCAGAUGCCAACCCAUUGCGCAGCAUUAAUUCCCUGGUCAAAGCAUUCAACAAAUUCGGCAUUCCUCUCGCAGAGGAAAAAACAAAAGGCCCUUUUCACGUACUCGAUUUCGUGGGCAUCACGCUAGAUUCAGUAAAAAUGCAAGCGUCUCUUCCGCUAGACAAACUAGAAAGGAUUAGAGGGUUCAUUAGAACUUAUUCCUGUUCACCUACCCUAACAAAAAGGUAUCUUCUUUCCCUGUUGGGCCAUCUCAAUUUUGCCAUGAGGAUUAUUCCCCAAGGUCGUUCCUUCAUUUCCAGACUUUUAGACCUGUCUAAAACAGUAGAGAGUAUGCAUGCUACGGUUACGUUAGACGAAGGAUGCAGGUCCGAUUUAAAAUUCUGGUCAAAACUAUGCAACAAUUGGAACGGUAUUUCCUUUUUCUACGACGAUGAGAUCGAAUCUUCAGUUAAACUACAGUUCUUCACCGACGCAGCUCCUUCCGUCGGGUUCGGGGGAAUUUUUAAUAAUCAAUGGUUCGCAGAAAGAUGGCCAAAAGAACUUAAAGAACUGGCUCCCUCUAUACAGUCGACAGCGCUUUUGGAAAUAUAUCCUAUAGUGAUUGCUUGCUUAUUAUGGGCAGAUCAAUGGUCUAGAAAAAGCAUCCUCGUGUUUUGCGAUAACGAAGCUGCAGUCAAUAUCAUCAACAAGGGUCGCUCAUCCGUGCCUUUCAUUAACCGCUUUAUCAGGCGUUUAACCUGGAUCUCAAUCAUGAACAAUUUUACUAUUAAAGCUGCUCAUAUACCUGGGCUGGAUAAUAAAAUAGCUGACUCUUUGUCUUGGUUUAAUUUCCAGGAAUUCAGACGCCUGUGUCCGGGAGCUUCUCCUUCACGGCUGGGCUGCCCGAACUUCAGUCAAACAAUCCUAGGAUGAAUACACUAUUGAAAAAAUAUCUUAAUUCGUCCGCACUCUACAUGAGAGCAGGGCUAGCUAAAACAACACUCAAAACCUACGACUCGGCGUGGUCGUCUUUUUCAGAUUUCUGCAAAGCGUUCUCGGUGCCUAAUCUUCCAGUUAACAUAUCAAUCGUAUGCGCCUUCAUUACGCACUGCUUCGAAUCCAGGAAACUUAAGCCUUCCACCAGAUAUUAAUAUCAGGUAUCCAAUUUCACAUUAGAUGUUUAGAUCCCUCCUCUCUAAGCCUGUUACAAAAUCCUUCUAUAUGCCUUCUCCUCAACGGAUUAAAAAAGGAAAGCCCAGCAAUUCCCGACAAACGACUACUGCUCUCUCGCGCGCAGGUGCACACAAUGGUAGAUAAAUUAAGAUCAGGUCUGUUCACUCCGCACUCAAACCUGCUUUUAGAAGCAGCAUUCCUCACCGCCUUCUAUGGAUUUCUCAGAGGAGGGGAAUUCACGAUCAACUCCAAAAAUUUCGACCCCUCUCACGAUCUCACAAUCGAUGAUAUAACAUUCCACACUGAUCAUUUCUCCAUUUAUCUGAAACAUUCAAAAACAGACAGAGAUCGUAACGGGAGUACCAUUAGUAUUUCUAAAACUAACGAUGGAUAUUGCCCCCUCUUAGCUAUGAACCGGCUGUUAAGCUCACGCAGUAAAUCCUAUCAUACAGAUCCUCUUUUUAUCACGGACAAAGGAGAAGCCAUGUCCAAGCCUUGGUUUGCCUCACGUCUCCGAACCACAUGCCUACUUUGCGGCAUGGACCCCGCGCUUUACACCAGCCACUCUUUUCGCAUUGGCGCGGCCACCACCGCAGCUUCCAUAGUCUCCAUACCCAUGCUCAAAGCCAUGGGUCGGUGGUCCUCUUCAGCGUAUCCACGUUACAUUAGGCCUACAGCUCAGGACGUCAUAUCAGCACAAAAAGCCUUGAGCAACUCUAAUUAAUAAAAAAAAAAACAUCAGGAAAAGGGGCUGCUGUUUUCUUUUGCCGCGAUACCUGAGGGGGCCGCUGUUAUCCCUCAAGCGAGGGACGAACUCCCCCUCAGAAGAAAGGGACCUGCUGUUCUCUCCAGCUGGAGAGAACACCCUUUGCCGCUUUAGUUGCGGGGGACCGCUGUUCAUUCCACAGCAGAGGAUGAACACCCCUGCUACUUUAAUGGAGAUGGAGAAGUUGAAUAUGGAGGAGAGAUAU